AGGGCAUAUCCACCAGCGAAAAAUAGCUCCGCUGAAAAGAGAAGAGGAACACACAUUCACAUCCACAACUAGGGAAGUGCGAGGAGGGAACAGCCGGCAGAACAAAUUAGACAGACGAACCGUUGUAUCUGAUUUGACUGUGGGCACAAAAAGAGCUUGUAAAAGUUCGGAGUGGGAUAUAAGCACCAGCGACGGGACACUAAAGGACUAAUGCCAGUUCAGAGGACUUACAGAGGCAGAGGGUCAGAUUUCUUCAAAAACCUCCUCGGGCUAGUUCUGGACUACAGGAGGUUUAGGGAAGGGGAGGAAUGUGGAAGAUUAGAUGCUGCAUAUGUAAGCAAGUCACCUGGAUAUGUUUGGUGUGAAGGGGCGGGGCUAGGCCGAUGGCUUGUUAUUUGCUCUGCUGGGGGGGCGGAGCUUUGAAGGAUAAUUACAUGUAUGCCCCACAUCCCUCCAUAUAUCGAGAGAGGCCAUCGCGGCCAGUGUCUGAGUCUGAUCCAGAGGUUAGCCGAGCGAUUGGCUCUGGGCAGCACUGAAACUCUGGCCAAUGGCAACAAAGCUGAUCUCCAAGCUGCAAAGCGGCUGGCCAAACGCUUGUACACUCUUGAUGGAUUUAAGAAGUCAGAUGUGGCACGACACCUGAGCAAGAACAAUGACUUCAGCCACAUGGUGGCGGAGGAGUAUCUCAGUCAUUUUAACUUCUCAGGGAUGAUGGUGGAUCAGGCGCUGAGAGUGUUUUUAAAAGAGUUUGCUCUAAUGGGAGAGACACAGGAGAGAGAGCGGGUUCUGUCCCAUUUCUCCAAAAGAUACCUCCAGUGCAACCCAAAGACUAUACCAUAUGAAGACAGUGUUCACACAUUGACUUGUGCCCUGAUGUUGCUCAACACCGAUCUGCACGGUCAUAAUGUGGGCAAGAGGAUGUCCUGCGUGCAGUUUAUUGGUAACCUGCAGGGGCUGAAUGAUGGCCAGGACUUCCCAAAAGAUCUUCUUAAGGCUCUCUACAACUCCAUCAAAAAUGAAAAACUGCAGUGGACAAUCGAUGAGGAGGAACUGCGGAAGUCUUUCUCUGAGAUGGACGGCAGGAAAGACUCUGCAUCGCACACUAUGAAGCGGAUCAGCAGCGGAGGAAACUCUCUGAUCAGUGUUGCACAGCAGUCCAGCGCUCAGGUCUACAAGAACGGCUUCCUCGUGCGCAAAGUUCAUGCUGAUCCUGAUGGGAAGAAAACUCCACGAGGUAAAAGAGGAUGGAAGACGUUUUAUGCCAUAUUAAAAGGACUGAUUCUCUACCUACAAAAGGAUGAAUAUCGUCCAGAUAAGCAGCUGUCAGAUGAAGACUUGAAAAAUGCAGUAUCAAUCCAUCACUCUCUAGCCAUGCGGGCAGCAGAUUAUAGCAAGAGACCAAAUGUGUUUUACCUGCGCACUGCUGACUGGAGAGUCUUUCUCUUCCAGGCACCGAAUGCAGAGCAAAUGCAGUCCUGGAUCACCCGCAUCAACACAGUGGCAGCCAUGUUUUCUGCACCUCCAUUCCCAGCAGCCAUCGGCUCUCAAAAGAAGUUUAGCCGUCCACUUCUGCCGGGUUCAAACACCAAGCUCUCGCAGGAGGAGCAGCUGAAAUCUCAUGAGACACGUUUUCGGACCAUUUCUGCUGAGCUCCAGGAACUGCGCUCUACACCUCAAGACCGCAAGACCAAAAGCAGGGACCAAGAAGAGUACAAGCAAAGGGAAGAGUAUCUUGACUUUGAGAAAACACGCUACGGAACAUAUACAAUGCUGCUGAGAACAAAGAUCCGCAUGGGGGAAAUGGACCUGGCGGCAUUCGAGGGCCGUUUGUUUGAGGACAGUGGUUUGCAGAGGACCCACUCCAGCCCUACGUUACCCCAGGACAACAGCCAUGCCAGCAGCACCAAAGAGACCAGCAGGAGCAGCAGUGGCAGCAGCAGGAGGACCAAACGCUCAGACUCUCAGAGACACAGCUACAAACAGGCUGCCAAACAGUGAGAAGAACCAGCCACAAUUGGUUAUAUAUCUCCAUUCAGGAGCUCUGCCAGGACGCCUGCGGGUUUCUUCAAUGGCUGCUCUCGUCAAGUGGUCAUGAUUACGAAAGUGCAGUUGGGGUUUCCGACCCCGACAUGAGCGCUAGUUAAAGCAUGCCUUUACUGGCCGGUAAACGCGAGCCCAAAUCUGCAAGUGGGCCGAUGAGAAGGAGUACCAGCCUGACAUUGUCUCAUUCCUGUCAGUCUUUGUUUUUUCGCCACAUAUGUGUUGGGUUUAUCUGUGUAUUUUGCUUGUUGGUUGUUGGUUUAAAACAGUUGAGGCUUAGAGUAAGUUGCAAAGUUCCAUAGGAGAGACCUCUUUAUCGCGUGAACAUACUGUGGUUCACUUUAUAUAUUUAAAGCAUUGUAGAUUUUGCUUUUUAGAUGAUCAGUUCUUCAGCUGAAGUCGAUCAGACGCUUUACCACCUCAUGAAAAUUUAGCCUGUAUAGUCCUUUAAACCUUCUUAAAGCACGUCUCAAAGCAUGCCUAAGAUGUUUGAAGACAAUCAGUUCGCAUUUGGUACAAUAACUGAGAAUAUGAAUGCAUUUUUGUUAAUUCUAGGAAACUAGUGAUAAUGACAGUGUAGAUAGAACAUCUCUUGUGAGAAAUAUUUGCACUUGGAGUUUAUUUCAUAUCUUAAAAGCAUUUAUAAAAUCGUACAUUCAGACAAUAUUAUAUUAAUGAAAAUGCCACUUAAGUGUACUUAAAUACAGUAUGCUUUUUCUUGACUGACUCUUGAAAUCCACAUGAAUCAGAAGUUGCUGCAGACUUUUAUUUCAGUAUGAUGACUCAUGGCGUGGCUAAGCAUAUUUCAGCCAAGCCAUCCAGCUGACUUCUUCAGAGAAAGACUGUUAAUCCAAAGUGUAAGCAAAAGGUUGGAUUUUGCUAAUUAAUUGUUCACCGUACGACUAAAGAUUCAAGAACACCAUCAAUUUUAAUUUCACUUGUGUUACAUAACUAUUUUAAAUUUCACUUGCUAAACUUGGGGCUUACUUUAUGUUUAAAAACCAUAGGGCUAACCUUAUGUUUGAAAAAUUAUCAAUUAAUUAUUUUUUUAUAGCCAAUGUGUCAAAAACAAUACCCAAAACCCCAGGUAGUCUGAAAUAUAGACAGAUUUUUUUCUAUUUAUAAGACUCGAGGCGUUUUUGCCGGGAAAAUCAAAACGUGUGACUGACCGUUAAGCGCCCUGCUGUACUCCCAGAGGCUUUCUUUCAUUUAACAUGACAGGUAACGAAUGUUGAUGCAAAAAGUGCUGAAAAGAGCUAUUUUGUGCUGUGAUGUCAAUGUGUCACAGAUUAAUUAAAUUAGAGUAGUGCAAAAUACUGUAUAUUGUGAUUUAAAAUAACGCUAACCAACGUUACUUUUUAUUAAAUUGCACUAAUUACAGUCUGUUCAAUUAACUUACCUGAUCUGUGGACAUGAUGCAGGUGAAUUACGAUGUUAACAUUUCCAAAUCGCUAUGAAUCGGAUGCUUUAUUAACUGGUGUCCUUUUUUCGCGGUCUUUUUUCUGGUGUGUAGUUUAUUGAUAGGAAAGACGUCAGUCAUCGCAAAUUCAUUCAUCAAACCAUUGCUCAAAGACAGCAGUGAUGAUGGCGUCUGGAUGUUUGUUAUCAGUAUGUCGCCGAAGAAAGGUAUUUACAAUUUUAAUUCGUACACUAAGAACGGAAAAUUAUUUCAGCAUGAGUCUAUAGGGGACCGAAUCACAUUUAGUCUCUUGAACGGUAUGUGUUCGAGCAAUAAGUUGCUGGUCGCAGUUCACGUAACGACCACAGGUGUCGCUAUUAAGUUGGCUUUUUGAUUUCCAUAACCAACCGCUGUAUAAAUUUUUUUGAAACUAAUAUUUUAAUGUGUUGAUUAGAAAACUAAAGCACAUAUGUGUUUUAAACUGUUUUCUUUCAAUAGUAAGUAAAUUUAAAAUUUAGCUAAAGUUGACUUUUUCACAAUGAGUUACACGCUGUCCUUUAUUUCAACCAAAUCAGUGCACAAUGACCAAUUAUUACCAUGUGAAACGGAUGUUAAAAUCAACCCUGUGUUAUUUUGCGUAAUGUGUAUUUUAAAAUAUGUAUUAAGCUUAAGAAUGACAUGAUGCAAAAUCUCUGUGUCAAAAAAAGACCAAGCCAUUGAACUCUCAGGCACUCAUUUUCAAAAAGUUCUAAUUCAUUCAGUGCUGUGGUAAAAAUGGAGGUUUGAUCAGAGAUUAACCACAUGUUAAUACCUCAAUUGCACUGAGAGACCUGCUUAAGGAGUGUUAUUUGGUUGGAAGUAAUUUACCUGUUUACAAACUGAUGCGUUAUUGUGUUAAAAUGAAUUUAGCUGAGCUAUUGUCUUAUAGGAAUUGAAGGUAAGCUUCUAUGCUGUUAAUCAGAACCUCGUGAAUUGUCCUGUUGGUAUCAGAAACAUGAAGGAUCCAAGAAAUUGUAAAACUUGUAAAACAAAAUGAAUGCAAAUCCAGGUCACACAGAUCUAAACUGACUGUUACCACUGCCAGCAUACAGAUCAAAUUCAGAAACAAAAAGACACUAAAUACACUACAAAAUGAGAAUCUGGGACCCGAAAUCCAUCGAAUGGCACUUAAGUAGUGUUACGCUUCACUGCACUAUGAACAAUAGGUGUAUUUAAUGAAAUAAAAAGAGUUAUUUAUAUAUUUUGAACAUUUAUUAUUCAUCUUGAGUAUUUGUUUAUAACUGAAACAUAUUGACUAAAAGCUUUAUAUACAAGUUUUUAUAGGGAACACUCAACCACUGCAGGUAGUUCGGUGUCGCCCAAAGGUUUUGCUGUAAAUGUAACUUAUUUCUUAUAACUUAGGUUUUGUGUUUGUUGUGUUAUUCAUUCUAGCUGUAUAUAAUGUGAAUAUUAUGUUACAGCCUCUUAGUAAGAUAUUGCUAUGUUUGUAUGUUUUGAAGGCAUAGGAAAAAUAAACUGUUUUGAAAAGA